UUUCUACCUUCCCUCCUCCUUCUCUCUUCUUCCUCCUUCUUCUUCUCCCUCUCUCUCUCUCUCCAAAAUUACUUCAGAUUCAACACCCAGAUUCUCUCUCUCCAACUUUCUCACUCUAGCAGAAGAAGAAGAAUGGCAAAGCAGGGAAAAGGAAGAAAAUCUGAUACCAACAACAACAAUGUAGGCAAAGGGAAGGUAACCCCAGUUCAAGUCGCCUUCCUUGUAGAUCGUUACCUCGCCGAUAACAACUAUUCAAAAACCCGGUCCACUUUUCGGUCCGAAGCGUCUUCCGUCAUCUCUAAAUCUUUCCUUCAAGAGGCGCCCAAGAGUUUGUUGAGUUUAGGGGAAUUGUUAGAUGAGUAUAUAUGGUUGAAAGAGCAGAAAGUGGUGAUUGAGCAGGAGAAAACUGGGUUAGCUCAAGAAAAGUCUAGGGUUCAAUCCCUUUUGCAAGGGAUGCAAGAUUUGAUGAAUGUUUAUAAUUCUACUGCUACUGUUAAUUGUCUUACCCCUCCUCCGCCACCGCCGCCUCCUGCUUCGGUUUUACCUAAUUCAGUUUAUCCUGCUCACGGAACUCCAGUUAUGACAUCAGUAUCAAUGAGUACAAUGACACAAAGUGUUAAGAUGGAUCAUGCCAACUUCUCAACACCUACCAUUGGUUCGCGUCCUCCAAGGAAGCGAAAGAAUUACAAGGAUCUCCAAAGUGCACCUCAAGCACCAAAGAAAUACUGCAGUUCAGUAACCAACAACGCGUUCUAUGACAAAGGUAGUAAUUCAGUUGCACAACCAAACAACGCAUCUAAAAGUCACAUUAUUAACCAUCAAUUUCGUCCCCUCCAAUCAGUGUCACCUAAUUUUGCUCAAGGAGGAUUGCACAUUCAAGGAACAAGUGUAGCUAAAAAUCUGUUUAAUAAACCUUCAUUAUCUCCACCUUCAAAUUCUUCGGGUCCCAAAACACCCCCACGAGCACUCUCUUCCCAAAGCGAUAAAUCCAUUUCUCCUCUUGAAGAUGUUUCUUCAACUGCAAAGUCACAUAAUGAUGGUAGCACCCCUCCUGAAACUACACCCACCAACUGUACUAUUUACUCCUCUAAGAUGAUUAUAAUGAGUCCUGCUAAGAAAAUAUCCAUUGAAAGAAAUCAAUGUACGUUUUCUUCUUCGCCUGUUAAAUCAAACAAGCAUCAUCAAAGCAGCAAUAGAGAACAUGUUAAAGGGAGGCUGGAUUUUGAUUGUUCUGAUGUGCCAACAAAUUUGGAAAAUACAAGUGGGGAUGGAACUAGUAGUAGCAGUAGUCCUACUUCUGAAUCUGACAGGGAAGGUGAUCUUUUUGACUUGGAUUUGACAAGUUUUGAAGCCUUUGGUCCGGACUUUUCUCUGACGGAGUUUCUGACUGAUUUCGGGAUUGAGUGUGGUGGAGGAACUACUGACUAUUCCUGCCCAUCAACAGCAGAUGCUUCUACUGAUGCAGUUCCACAGUUGCUUCAGGACAGAAACAAUGGAGAGUUGGGAACAAGCCAAGAUUACAUAGUAGAGCAUUCAUCAGCUGCUCAAGAAGCUGUUGCAGGAGAUAUGAUCAUGAAUGGAGGUACAGAUUCCAUUUCAGUCCAGUCCAUAAGAAAAUGCAUACAAAUAAUGAGUCCUAAGAAAGGUUCAAGAAACAGCCCUAUUCAUGAAGAAGAAAAUUUAACCGCAAGCGCCAGCUAACCAGUUUUAACCUUCAGGCUGACUUCAACAACCUGACUAGUUGAUGACAUUUUGAUAUACACUUCCCGGAAAGCUGAUUUAGGUUUAGAAUUAGAUCGACUUCUCUAUCUUCUUGCGCGGUUGUAGUUUUUUUUCUAGACAGAGAAGUUCACACUUGGGAGCAACUUUUGUUACACACUCUUAAUGCAGUUAGAAUCAGACAUCUCUGUGUUCUUGCGCGGUUGUAUGUGUGUUUCUAGACUGAGAAGUUAAGUUCACGGUAGUUUGUUAAUCACUCUUGAUGCAGUGGAAGUGUGAAUUUAUUACCACUAAAUUUAUUGAAUCCCAUCAGAUAGGUACUGAAACUGACUUGUAUUAAUUCUUGAUAAUAAUGAGAAAUGGUUCUUGUCAGAAUAUUA